AUGGCCCCAUGGUCCAUGAUAACGAGGAUACAGGCGAAAAUGCAGAGGAACAUGGUGCGGGAGUUCUUCGGCGAGUUGAUCAGCACAUAUGUCAUGAUGGUGUUUGGCCUUGGCUCCGUGGCCCAUAUGGUUCUAGGAGAGAAUAAAUUUGGGAGCUACCUUGGUGUCAACUUGGGGUUUGGCUUCGGAGUCACCAUGGGAGUGCACAUAGCAGGGGGCAUCUCUGGGGCCCACAUGAAUUCAGCUGUGACCUUCACCAGUUGUGCUCUAGGCCGCAUGUCCUGGAAGAAGUUUCCUGUCUAUGUACUGGGUCAGUUCCUGGGCUCAUUCCUGGCUGCUGCCACCAUCUACUGCCUCUUCUACACGUCCAUCAACCACUUCUCAAAUGGACAUCUGACAGUGACCGGUCCCACAGCCACUGCUAGCAUUUUUGCCACCUACCUUCCCAGUCACAUGACGUUGUGGCUGGGCUUCCUCAAUGAGGUAUUAUUGACAGGAUUGUUGCAGCUGUGUCUCUUCGCCAUCACGGACAAGCAGAACAACCCAGCACUGGAAGGGACACAGGCCCUGGUGAUCGGCAUCCUGGUCGUCAUCAUUGGGACAUCCCUAGGCAUGAACACAGGAUAUGCCAUCAACCCAUCCCGGGACCUGCCUCCCCGCUUUUUCACCUUCAUUGCUGGCUGGGGCAGUGAAGUCUUCAGAGCCGGGGACAACUGGUGGUGGGUGCCAGUGGUGGCUCCGCCCCUGGGUGCCUGCAUAGGCGGCAUCAUCUACCUGAUCUUCCUUGGCUCCAACACCCCACGGGAACCGAAGACUAUGAGGGAGCCCAAUAUGCAUGAAGAGCACAGGAUAUCCGUGUUGCCCAAGACCGGGUCUCAGUCAUCCAAGACCUCUCCCCUCACCGGGGUCUCUGUGUCCUCUAAGCUCUCUCACAAGAGCAGACUCCCGGCCCAGCCUGUCCCACCCUUAAGUGACUCAGCCAUCUCCCUAGAGCGCUUCUAA